AUGGGUGAUAGCACACUCAAAUCACCUCCUAGCAUGGUGGAGGGAAAGCUGGAUAUGGAACAGUUGCAGAUUAAGGAUUUUACUGCAGAGUCUUCCAUACUAGAGCAACCCAGUACUCUGUUCCCAAAGAUCACCGGAAAGAUAGGCGAUCUAGUUAAAGACUACAACUACACGCUGUACAAGCUGAGAGAGGAGACUGGAACCGACACAUCCCCGACCGCCCAAAAUCUAGAUACCAUUCUCAAACUUAUCGGAACGGUGAAACUUCACGGCGCACACGCAGACAUUGUGAUCCACAGCGACAAUACGAUGCAGCUGCAGUCCCGCAAUGUGACUGGGCUUAGCCGAGAGAAAGACCUGUACAAUAUUGCGAAGUCUAUUCUCCCACUGGAAGCCGAGGUAUUGGAUCUGAAGAAGAGAUACAGGGAAAGAUUUAUGGAACUCAAUCCUGGAGUAGAGAUUAAGGAGGAGUUCUCGACGAUCAUUGCUGGCGAAUGGAUUGGUCCGGGUAUACAGAAAGGCGUCGCCAUCUCUGACCUGCCCCGAAAAUACUUCGUCAUCCUCUCCGUCAGCAUCAACAAUGCGUGGCUACCCAAUGAGCCAUACGCGGAUAUUCACAACGAAGCCGUAGGCAUCUACAACAUUUCCAGGGGCGGCUUCUACCACGAAGAGCUGGUUUUCAAUGAUGUUAAAAGAUCUCGAGAGAAGCUGCAUGCCCAUACCUUAGCAGUCGAGAAAGAAUGCCCAUUCGCGAAAACCUUUGGGAUUUCCGGUGUGGGGGAAGGAAUUGUAUGGAAAGCGGAACAUCCACUGGGAAGCGAUGCGAGGUUCUGGCUGAAGACGAAGGGGCUGCAGCACCAAGUCACCAACACGGAGAAACUGAAAAACAAACCCGGUGGAACUGAAUUGGAGAAUGCCAAGAACUUUGCUGAAGCGGCGGUGACGGUGAAUAGAUUGGAGCAGGGGUGGGCGUACCUUGAGGAGAUGGGCAUCGAGAGGGAUAUGAAGGGUAUUGGGGCAUUCAUGAAAUGGGUUAUUCAUGAUGUGGAGGUUGAGGAAAGGACGGAGAUUGAGGAGAUGCUGAUUAAUCAGGCAUUAUUGAAGAAGACCAUGACAGCGAUGUGUAAGUCUUGGUACAUGAAGAGACUGGACCAGAUGUGA